UCAGCGGGUUUAUUAAAUGGACACUGAAUCGUUCACACAUACCUUACCUACCCUACUUACAACAGGUUCUACACAUUGAUCCGUCCAGAUCAGAAACAACGGUAAUCACCGAAGCAGUAUUGCUUCAUUUUACCGCUUGCUGGCUUUUGACGCCUGUGUUUCUCCAUCAGUCCACAUUGUUUCCGUCUUUUUGCUUCUUGGUUUUCGUUCUUUGGGUAUCUUAUCUGUAUUACUUUGUUCAGAAUCCUUUGUCAAAGAUGGCCGACUCCAGUCCAUCGACUUCGGGCACGGUAACGCCCACCAAAGAUCACGCAAUGUCUUCACAGGGGGUGCCGGCCCCGGCUAAUACCACCACCACCACCAGCCAGCCGCCGCCGUCGCCUUUACCUCCAGCCCAAUCCGCCGGAGACCCAGAGAAGAAAGCCGGCGUGCCGCCGGCCUACUCGGCCUUCUCGCCAUGGCGAAAGCGCUUCAUCCUCAUCGUUGUCACCGUAGCCGGCUGUUUCGGCCCUCUGGCCGGCAACAUCUACCUCCCUGCUCUGCCCGUCUUGGAGAACGAGUUCCACGCAAGCGCGACGGCUAUUAACGUCACCGUGUCCGUUUUCAUGCUCACGUUCGCCUUCGGUCCCCUAUUCUGGGCCAGUUUCGCCGAUUGGAAGGGCAGGAGACCACUAUACAUCAUCUCUCUCUCUAUCUACAUCGUUGCCAAUAUCCUUCUGGCCGCCGUACCAGCCAACUAUGGCGCUCUUGUAUUUCUUCGCAUCGUUCAGGCCUUUGGGUCUGCGGCUGUCGUGUCGAUGGGCGCAGGCACUGUCGCCGAUGUCACUCCGCCCAAAGAGAGAGCAUUCGCAAUGAGCAUCUUCCUCUUAGGCCCCCAGCUCGGCCCUGUCCUCGGCCCAGUCAUUGGAGGCGCGUUGACGGCAGCAUCGUGGCGCUGGAUCUUUGGCUUCCUUGCCAUUGCCGGCUUCGUGCUCUGGAUCAUCAUCAUUCUCAUGCUUCCAGAGACCCUGCGCGCCAGGGUAGGCAGCGGCAGGCUUUAUUCCCAAGCUAGCUUCAUUGUCUUCCCUCCAAAGCUGUCUUCGCCCCUGGCACCAGAGUCGGAGAGGGGUCCCCCGCCUCCCAAGCCGACCCUGCUCAUGUACUGGCGCCUCUUCAGCUACCCACCCAUCGGCAUCGUGUCCUUCAACACCGCCAUGCUCUACUCGACCUACUUCGCCAUCGCCGUGCAACUCCCCACCGAGCUGACCGACCGCUACAACUGGUCCAGCGCAGGCGUCGGCGCCGGUUUCCUCGCCGUCGGUAUCGCCAUGAUUGCGGGCUCCUUGAUCGGCGGACGCUUCUCGGACUGGCGUAGGGCGCGUGCAGUCAAGGCGUCUCCUGACAAUACCGUCGACCCCGAGAAUAGACUCGCAGACCAGAUCUGGGGUGUCAUUGUUUGCGCCGGCGGGUGUGCCAUGUACGGGUGGUUCGUCGAUAUCUCACUCCACCCCGCCGCCGUUCUUGUUGCCACGUUUUUAACCGGCUUCGGAAUGAAUUGGGUGUUUGUGGCAACGACGGCCUUCUUGACCGAGUGCGUAGCCCAGCAGGCCGCAGGUGCCUUUGCACUCGGAAACAUGCUCAGGAAUCCCGGUGCUGCCAUUGCCGCGCUUGUGAUCCCUUCUCUCGUCUCCAAGAUGGGAAGCGGAUGGUGUUUCACUGGACUGGCGUUGUUGGACUUGGUCCUCGUUGGGUCCGCUGUGAUUGUCCUACGAAUCAAAUCUCCGGGUUGGAGGGCAGCCCGCAAAGCCAAGAUGGCGGCGAUGGCGGCAGCCAAGCCAGGCGGAUCGAAAUGAGUUUAACGAAUAAUGACGAACAUCAAUGAGACUAGAGCGCGGACGCUCGUAGAUGAGAGUCUAACACAAUUAUUGUCUAAUGUUUAUACAAAUUUGAUAAUGUUCAACCUUAACGAUCAACGCAAGUUUAACUUAAUGAGUUAU